UUUACAUUUCUUUAUUUAUUCUGUUAAAAACUUGAAAAAAAGUAUUUACAGGUAUCUGAUUUACUUCAGUUUGGAAAUAUGUAUUAACAUCUGAAAAUUAUACAGCUUAGUGAACCUUUGUAUCGAUUGAAAAGAAUGAAUAUAACUUUCCUUUCUGAGACCAACUACAUAAAAUUAUUUUGAAGUAUUUUUUAAGGGGGAAAAAAAGCAAUGGCCCGUUAGUGGUGUACCGUCAGUAUAUAGACAGACGCUCUGUAGUCUGGCAUUAUUCAUUUCAGUCAUUCUAUCAUACAGAGUAGCUCACGACAAUGCUGGGUUAAAGAGACUUAAUUUUAUGUGUGUUAUGUAGUGUGAGUGUUAGUGAUCAUGCCCCAUCAGGAUCAAGGCAUACAUUAGAACAUGUGGAAUCUUAGAUGGUGGAACAGAAUCAUGCGACGCCACACCAGGCCGAUUUCCGCGGAGAAAGCCGUCAACUGGAAGCAGAGACUCUCCCUGAUAUACGCGUUCAUUUCUUUUAACGCGUUUGGCGUGGUGGUGUACAUGAUGGGCACGGGCCGCAGGGACCUGGCGGAGUACCAGGGCCUGAAGAGCGAGGAGGAGAUGAAGCUGACGCCAGGCCAGCUGUGGGCUAAGAACUUGAACAUACAGAAUGCCACGGUGUUCAGAAUGUCGGGGCUCAGGAAGACGGCCGAGUUUGCCAUCAGAGAAGGCGAAGUGGUCGACGCCAGCGCUGAAGAGCAGCCGGAGCAGUGAAUCUGGAUCGGCCAGCCACAUCGUACUGGCGCGAGAGAAAAGAUAGAACACUUGUGUGCUAGGAUUUGUUUAGCUUAACCAAGCAUAAUUGAGGCUGUGUUAAAUACUUCUUCCUUUAUGGAAAAUACUUAAUUGUACAUAUAAAAUUAAGGUAGAUGUACCAGUAGUCGUCAUGCUAAGAAGAGUUUUAUAAAAAAAAAAUUGUGUACAUAACCUUGUAGGUGUAUUACUGCCCCUACAUGUUUGUUUUUAACCUCAAACUUUACUCUACAAUGCCAUCCAACACUCUUCGAUAAACACAAAUUAUUUUUGUAGAUUUAUAAUUUUGAAAAAAGUGUGAUUUCGAGCCAGUAGUCGUCAUGCAAAUUUUCGUGUUUGCCAGUGUUCGUCACAUGUUUGUGCCAGUAGUCGUCAUGUGCGAUUUCGGCUGCAUUAGUUUUAAUUCAUGGAUCCAGAAUGAUAGUAUUGUACUAUUUGGGCUUCAAAUUUUAUUUGGGACUAUAUUUUAAACAUCAAAAUGGCAUUUCAUAAAGAUCGUUCAGUAAUAUAAUGAAUAAUCCUCAUUAAAUUUUGAAUUUACUUACAGCACUCACGGAACAAAGAGGGACAGCACAUAGAGCUGUAGCAAACCGAAUGUAUUCGUUACUGAGUAACGGGUGUGCCGUCUAGUAACGAGUAACGAAACGUUACACACGGCUGCAUUUUGUUACUCGCAUUUCUCGUAUAUUUUACGCAUGCGCGCGCAUAUUCAAUGAAUUUACGAUACAAAGAACGAUGUUUGUUUAUUAAUAAAGUAUAAUUUGGAAAUUCCUCGUCUAAGUUUUUUUACUGUUUAUUAAAGGUAUUAUGUGUGUAGACAAAGUUUGAGAUUGGAACAGAAACAACGUAACAAAGUAUUUUUUUACAAAUUAGAAAUAUGUAUGUUUUUGUUUUUCACUAUCGCGUAUUUUCACGUUUUUUUUUGUUCUUAUCUUAAAAGAGAUAUAAUAAAGCCGCUCUAAUGAGAUUUAAUUGUUUCUUGGUUAACAAAAACUGUUUAAUUAUCAAAUAUUGUUAAUUGUUUAUAUUCUAUUUAUUAUUAUUUACGCGACGUCAUACUGUACGCGUACGCAAUACGACUCAAUUCGUUGCUGCAACAUAACAUAGCAUGUUAUGCGGUAUCACAAGUAAAAUAUAAAAAUGAAUCAGGGCCCGCCCAUCUUCCUACCCAAGGGCGAUUUGCCUUUGUGUUUAUCGGACAAUGUGUUCCUUGGCACACUAUUUUUUUCCGCUGCUCAUUUUAUACUCAUACCAUUCGCUACAUCUUUAAGAGCAGCUUCCAUGGCUGACUCUUCAUACAACAGUAUUUUCCGUUUUGGCAUUUUGCCCUGUAAUUAAAGAACGAGACACAUUACAAUGUUUAGUUUACUUAUUAAUGUCAAAAUAUAUAUCGAAUGACCCCUAAAUUAAUGUAAACAACAAUGCCUACACAAUUUUUGCAAUCAAUAAAGUAAAGUAAUUUCCGACCCAGAAGUCGUCAUACACAUGCAUCGGAAGUCGUCAUAGGUGACGACUACUGGAUCUGAUCAUAAUAACGUACUUUGUCUAUUAACAACAAAGAACCAAUAUUAUUUAAGAACUUUAGGGUGUAACUUAGCACAACUUUAAAUAAAAUAUUAAAUGUACCAGUGCUCGUCAGGUAUGACGAACACUAGCAAUACAAGGUUUUUAUUGAUCCAGUUUUCGUCACCCUAACUAAAUCAUACAAAGAAAACGAAUUUUUUUAAAUAAACACUUUCACCUCUUCAAGAACAUUUAACUAACACAUUCAGCACAAAACAUCACGAAUAAACAUGAAAAAUUACAGAAUUAGAAGUAAAAAUGUGCACUAACGUCCUUAGUGUUUUAGUAUAGGAAUUCCCCUAUUUAUCUUCACUGCUCUACGAACUUUUGAUGCACGGACUUUUUUUGAUUGAAAAUAGUGUUUGUUCCGAAAACUAUUGUGGUAAUUUCAGCUAGAACGUCGACCAAAUUUUUGUCAAUAUUUAAGUUGGCGAUAUAUUGAGCUACUUCUCUAUUAUUUACAUUUGAAGUUGCUAGUGACGACCAUUGGAGCAGUGACGAGUACCGGUGCACUUACCUUAAUUGAUGAAAUGUUUUUGUAACUAUAAAUAUUAUGAUGUUUGGUUGAAACUUUAAUAAACUUGAAGUGAAAGCAUUUUUUUUACUCUGCUUAAAUAUGACAAGAAGAACCAAUUACAGUGAAAGGUUUUUAAUCAGGAACGUUUGUGACCACGGCCAUACCGGAUUGGUGUCUUUUCCAGACUACCGAACGUCCAACUAUGUAGUUUUAAUGAGAAUACCAGAUGUAACCUGAAUGUAACAGGUAACAAUGCACCGAAAUAAAAACCGACAGUAAUGAUAAACUUUGAUCAAAUUACAAAUGCCGGCAGCUCCGUGAUGUGACCUGAUGGCCUAGGUGAAUAGCUGGAAUCCACCUGAAAAAAUACUAACCUAGUUGCUCAAUUGGUGCCAGAUUAGAGAAUGUGCAGAACCAUAAAAAGUUGGAUUAAAGUUUGUUUUUUUUCUGUUAGAAGUAUUUUUCGUUUACCUAACUUACCUGUUGCUCUGCAAAACAUUAUAUAAGUAUAAAUUUCGUAAGGGAUGAACUUUCAUGAUUGAGACAAAGGGUGGUUGGUGAAGUAGAGUAUUCAACAACACUGAUAAAAGUAUGUAAAUGGUUUUCAGUUUUUAAAAAAAAUACCUUUGAUAUUUUCUUGAUAAUAUUUUAUUUUAUUUGUAAAAAUACAAUGGGAAGCUGCUGUACCUAUUAUUUGUUUUCUUUAAUGAAUUAAUAAAACAUUUAUGAAGAAA